CUAAAAGAUAGUUGAAACGAAAUAAUAUUGGAUUGCAAAAUGCUUCUUGUUUUUUCUUGUCUCUUUGUCCCGAGAUACUACAUUAACUACCUGUGUUGAUAAAGUUGGUUUUAAUCCACUUACUUUAGAUGCCUGGAUUAAAUGACUCAAAAAGAAAUCAAAUAAUCUUAUUCCAAUUUUUACAUGAAGCUUCGUUAUUAAAUAAUGAUUUAGUCUUAAUAAAGCUACAAUCUAACCAUAACCUUCAUACUUCAGGAAGAUAAAAUAUGGAACAAAAUGAGAAAGACCCUCUAAUUAAAGUUUCUUCUGGCUCAUUGUCCUAUAGGACAGAAGAAGUAGUGACAACGAAUGAUGAAACGAAUGCUGAAUCAAGUUCAUGGCCUCCAAGAAAACAGAAUAGAAGUACAGAAACCGUUGCUGUUGGUUCUCUGGAUGUACUAUCUGCUAAAUACGAAAGCCUCGACUAUGAGGUAUGUGAAAACCAUCUAUUCCUCGAAGAGGAAAGGAAAACAGGAUACUCAUUUUAUAUAAGGAAAAAUGUUGCCAGAUGGUUUAUUUUUUUAUUGAUAGGAGUAUGCACAGCAAUUCUUGGUGUCAUAAUAGAUAUCACCAUUGACGUGCUAUCUCAUAUUAAAUAUGGCUACAUUAAAGAUUAUAUUGACCAUUGUUUGACUGAAGACUGCUUAUAUGUGCCUUAUCUUGUGUGGUUAGGAUUCAAUGUUGGAAUUGUUUUAAUCGGGUCAUUUCUGGUGGCUUUUGUCGAGCCGGUUGCUGCUGGAAGUGGUAUUCCACAAGUUAAAUGUUAUCUAAAUGGAGUUAAUAUGCCUCGCCUGCUUCGUAUCAAGACUCUUGUGGUAAAGGUUAUAGGUGUUAUUUCAACAGUCGCAGGAGGACUUGCUGGGGGAAAGGAAGGACCCAUGAUUCAUGCAGGAGCUGUUGUUGCUGCUGGUCUCUCUCAAGGAAAAAGCAGUUCUGCUAAUAAAGACUUUGGGUUUUUUUAUUACUUUAGAGAAGAUCAUGAAAAACGAGACUUUGUCUCAGGGGGAGCAGCUGCAGGUGUAGCCGCAGCUUUUGGUGCUCCUGUUGGCGGUGUUCUGUUUAGUCUUGAGGAAGGAAGCAGUUUUUGGAAUCAAAGCUUGACUUGGAGGAUAUUUUUUGCUUCAUCAGUUUGUACAUUUACCCUAAAUAUAAUUCUAAGUAGCUACCAUGGUCAUCCAGGAGAGCUGAACUACUAUGGUUUACUAAAUUUUGGACAUUUUGAAAAUCUGAAUUAUGAGCUAUUUGAACUUCUGCUCUUUUGUUUCAUGGGAGUAAUUGGUGGUAUAUUAGGCUCUGUUUAUACUUAUGUUAAUUACAAAUUAACUGUAUUUCGCAUGAGGUACAUUAAAGCUAGAAUCCUGAAAGUAUUGGAAGCUUGCUUCGUAGCCGCUGUGAGUGCGACUGUUGGUUUAUUAAUGAUAUAUACACUAGAUGAUUGCAAACCUUUGGGACAAGAUCCAACCGAGCAUCCUGUUCAGAUGUACUGUAGAGAUAAUGAGUACAACUCCAUUGCUGCACUGUGGCUUCAGGUACCAGAAGCUAGUGUCAGGUCUCUCUUUCAUGAUCCUCCAGCUUCACAUGAUCCUUGGACAUUGCUACUCUUCAUGGUCAUUUACUUUAUUUUAUCUAUCUGGACAUAUGGACUCAGCGUAUCAGCUGGUAUCUUCAUUCCAACUCUUCUUACUGGAGCAGCUUGGGGCAGGGUCAUCGGUAUUUUAAUUGGUUACAUUUAUCCUAAUGCGACUUGGUUAGAUCCUGGAAAGUAUGCUCUCAUUGGAGCUGCUGCUCAGUUGGGAGGUGUUGUUAGAAUGACAAUCAGUUUAACAGUUAUCUUAAUUGAAGCAACAGGAAAUAUCACUUUUGGAUUACCUCUAAUGAUGACACUUAUGACUGCAAAGUGGGUCGGUGAAUUUUUUUGUGAGGGUUUUUAUGAUGUACACAUCCAUCUGCAAGCAGUUCCGCUGUUAGACUGGGAUCCACCACCCCUAUCAUCCAAUUUAUUUGCUAGUGAAGUAAUGGGCUAUCCAGUAGUCGUAUUACCUACGAUUGUUAAAGUUUCAAAGUUGGUGGAAAUUUUAUCUUCUGAAACUUAUUGUGGAUUUCCUGUUGUUGAUAAAAUUACAAAUGAGUCUUCACAGCCUUCAUUACUGUAUAGUCUAAUGGAAUCAGGUGGUAAACUACGUGGACUUAUCUUAAGAUCGCAAUUGUUAAUUAUUCUUAAGAACAAAUUGUACAUAGAAAGUGACGAAACUUGGAAUCACCAAAAUUUGGGACGUAACCUUUUCAGGCAUCACUAUCCAAGAUAUCCUACAAUUAAGGAUAUCUAUAUACCUGAGGAAGAAAUGAAUUUCACUAUUGAUUUACGGCCAUACAUGAAUCCUUCACCUUAUACAGCGCAACAUGUGGCAUCAUUGCCUCGCAUUUUUAGACUGUUUCGAGCAUUGGGUCUUCGUCACUUGAUAAUCGUGAAUGAUUCAAACGACGUAAUUGGUAUGGUGACGAGGAAAGAUUUGGCUAGGUACAGAGUUUGGAGACAUCUAGGACAUAUGGGAUUGGAAGAGCUUAAAAUAUCUGAUAAAAUCUGAUUUCAUAAAUAUUGUUAAAUUUUUUUUUAUUGAUUCGUAAAAGUUUGUCUAUAUACCCCAGGUAAACAGGAACAAAAAAAAAACCAACUUCAGAGUUGCUACUUGUUUUGUUGUACCUUAAACGUUUGUACUACCACUAAGAUUAUUUGAGAACGGAUAUUUUUGACCAUGGUAUUUAUAGAGUAUCAUAUAUGAUUUAUGAAUAUUAGUACUUAUGCUUGUAUAUCCACAGGGUUCAUUCCAUAUAUAUUUAUAUGAUAUAUAGUUAAUUGUAUUAUAGCACAUUAAACAAAAACUUGAAGAUGAAUAGAUUAGUGAAAUUUGAGACUAUCAAAGUUUAGGCCUUACAAUAAGUCGUAGUCGUAACAUUGAAAAUCAUAUUGGUACUUCUAGUCGAAAUGAAUUAGUCCUAUAAGUUUUGGUUUAUGAAUUAAGAUACGUAGAAUGAUAUAUUUAACUUCGCUGUACGUAUCACUUUUGUUAAAUUGCAUAUAUAUUUUUCAAACUAGUUUCUAAUGUAAAGUGAUAAUUUAGGCGUUAGAGCAAAUAAUAAACACUUGUCAUUGAAGUGACACUGUAAUGAUACACCAAUUUUAGGUUUAAUAUUUCUUACUGUCAGUACAUUAAAAGGGAGAAUAUCAUAUACACCAAAAUUACUUAAAAUAAAUGUUGGUGUAUGAUAUUUAAUAUAUAUAUAUGUUUUUACUAUCAAACCACAGUAUAGUAAGUCCUUUAGAUAAGUUGAAAAAAAUAAUAAUAAAUUUUUAUACUUUUAGGGUUGCUUGUUCUUAUGUAUGGAUUUAUUCUUACCUAACUCUGGAAUUUAACUGUUUUGGGUUUAUUUUAUUCUGAAACUUAUAUUCUCUCAAUUUAGUCUGAGAUAGGUUAUGUUCAUUUAAAAAUUAUGCAUAAGUCUUGACACAGUAAUAAGCCAUUCUUUUUUUUUUUU